AUGGCUUCAAACUUCAACGACAUCAUCAAGCAGGGCUAUGUACGCAUGCGUAGUCGCAAUCUUGGGAUAUAUCGACGUUGCUGGUUAGUUUUCAAGAAGUCAUCCAGUAAAGGACCUCGUCGACUGGAAAAAUAUCCCGAUGAGAAGUCUGCCCACAUUAUAGCCUCUCCUAAGGUGACAGAAAUCAGCAACGUUAAGACUGUGACACGUCUGCCUCGUGAUACCAAGCGACAAGCAUUGGCCAUUGUAUUUAAUGAUGACACCUCACGGACUUUCACUUGUGAAUCAGAGGCGGAGGCAGAAGAGUGGUUUAAGACCCUGUCUAUCGAAUGUCUGGGAACACGGAUCAGUGACAUCAGAAUGGGAGAACCAGAUCUCCUCGCAGCUGGGAUACAACACACAGAACGUUUCAGUGUAUUCCUCCUACCCUGCCCCGAUUUGGACAUUUAUGGAGAGUUCAUGAUGCAGAUCACUCAUGAGAACAUUUACCUCUGGGACAUUCACAAUCCCCGAACCAAAUUGGUCACCUGGCCGCUUUGCUCCUUGCGACGGUAUGGACGUGAUGCCACUCGCUUUACCUUCGAAACAGGAAGGCUGGACACCGACACCGGUGAAGGUCUCUACAUAUUCAAGACCAGAGACGGAGAGCAGAUAUAUCAAAUGGUUCACUCUUCCACACUGGCAAUUGCUGAGCAGCACAAGAACGUUCUGCUGGAGGUGGAGAAAAAAAACAGACUGAUGUUUCAAGGCUCAGAAGCGAACACCUACCCAACCACCCCUAAAGCCAUUCUGCCCAGAUCAGCCUACUGGCACCAUAUUAUGGGAAGCCAGUUUGACACGGAUUCUGGUAGGGUGCCCACUAACAUUUAA